GGCUGAGACGAGAUGAGGCAACAUCUCCAGCCCCUUCCUGCACAUCUCUACAAAGUGAUCAGUCAAUGGAUCGACCAGUAAAGUUCAAAGAAACAACUCAAAAUAUAAGGCUGAGACGAGAUGAGGCAACAUCUCCAGCCCCUUCCUGCACAUCUCUACAAAGUGAUCAGUCAAUGGAUCGACCAGUAAAGUUCAAAGAAACAACUCAAAAUAUAAGGCUGAGACGAGAUGAAGCAACAUCUCCAGCCCCUUCCUGCACAUCUCUACAAAGUGAUCAGUCAAUGGAUCGACCAGUAAAGUUCAAAGAAACAACUCAAAAUAUAAGGCUGAGACGAGAUGAAGCAACAUCUCCAGCCCCUUCCUGCACAUCUCUACAAAGUGAUCAGUCAAUGGAUCGACCAGUAAAGUUCAAAGAAACAACUCAAAAUAUAAGGCUGAGACGAGAUGAGGCAACAUCUCCAGCCCCUUCCUGCACAUCUCUACAAAGUGAUCAGUCAAUGGAUCGACCAGUAAAGUUCAAAGAAACAACUCAAAAUAUAAGGUUGAGACCAGAUGAGGCAACAUCUCCAGCCCCUUCCUGCACAUCUCUACAAAGUGAUCAGUCAAUGGGUCGACCAAUAAUGUUUCAAGAAAGAACUCAAGAUAUAAGGUUGAGACCAGAUGAGGCAACAUCUUCAGCCCCUUCUUGCACAUCUCUACAAAGUGAUCAGUCAAUGGAUCGACCAGUAAAGUUCAAAGAAACAACUCAAAAUAUAAGGCUGAGACGAGAUGAAGCAACAUCUCCAGCCCCUUCCUGCACAUCUCUACAAAGUGAUCAGUCAAUGGAUCGACCAGUAAAGUUCAAAGAAACAACUCAAAAUAUAGGGCUGAGACGAGAUGAAGCAACAUCUCCAGCCCCUUCCUGCACAUCUCUACAAAGUGAUCAGUCAAUGGAUCGACCAGUAAAGUUCAAAGAAGCAACUCAAAAUAUAAGGCUGAGACGAGAUGAAGCAACAUCUCCAGCCCCUUCCUGCACAUCUCUACAAAGUGAUCAGUCAAUGGAUCGACCGGUAAAGUUCAAAGAAACAACUUCAGAUAUAAGGUUGAGACCAGAUGAACCAGCAUCUCCAGUCCCCUCCUGCACAUCUUUACAAAGUGAUAAGUCAAUGGAUCGACCAGUAAAGUUCAAAGAAACAACUUCAGAUAUAAGUGUUAUAAGGAAGAAUGUUAAGGAGCCAUUUCGUAGACCUGAUAGUUCAUGGCGAAAGGAGGCUCCAUCUCCAGAUAUCAGCACACUUUCAGCAACACUGCUGACAGAGGAUCAUUACAGAUGUUCAGUGUGUACAGAGGUCUUUAAGAAUCCAGUUUCUAUUCCCUGUGGACACAGUUACUGCAAACACUGCAUUGAGAUCUACUGGAGCAAACCAACUCAAGCUGAAUGUUACGCUUGUCCUCAGUGCAGAAAGAGGUUCAGAGAUCGGCCUGUGUUGUAUGUGAACGUUCCUUUAACUAAACUGAUAGAUGAACUACAGUGGGCUGGGUUUAGUCCUGCUCUUCCUGCUCACUGCUAUGCUGGACCUGAAGAUGUGUCCUGUGAUAUCUGUACUGAUAUGAAGCUCAAAGCUGUUAAAUCCUGUUUGACCUGCUGUGUGUCUUACUGUGAGACUCACGUCAGACAACACUACACUGUACCAGCACUACAGAGACACAACCUGAUGGAGCCUUGCAGUCUAUCAUGUGACACUGAGACCACUGGAAUAUCCAGUGCAGAGAAAAGAUUUCAAGAAGAUAACAAAGUGUUGACACUGACAGCAACCGUGACAAAACUGAAAUCGAUCUUGAAAGAAAAGGAUGCACAGGCAAAACGUUUUUGUAAAGGGAUUGAAGUUCAUUGUAAAGAUUUACCCUCAGACAUUAUUGAAGUGUCUGCUCUUGGUCACCCCUUGUGCCUUGGAAUGUUGUAUGACACUAAAAGUGACUAUUACAGUCAAACUUCUUUUCUGUGGAGUAACAGCACGAUUGCCUCAAUGAGAGUGUCUCUGCCUCGACCUCAAACUGAUGUGAAGAUUCUGGAAGGCAACUCUCUACAGGACAGAUUCAGAGCUCUUGAAAUAUCUCCUGUGUCAAGAACAAAAGCUCUUAAUGGUGAAGUGAAUGGAGCUGCAGCUUUUCUGAAUCACCCAAUUCAGUCUGAGCAUCAGGACAGAGUUACACUGCACUAUAAAACCACCACCAGACUGGACAUGAUCAGUCCAACACUGUUACAUGAAGGAGUUUCUCCAUCAGUCAUUAAUACAACCACAGCUACACAUGUGAUCAUAGCUGUGAGCUACGGAGCUCAAGCCUUCUUUGUGUUUGAUCGUCGGCAUAAUAAUUCAAAGAAAACUGCAGAAAUGAAAGAUGUAAUCAAGAAGCUGUCCUCUUCUUCUUGUGCAAGUCAAACAAGUUCAAGCCUAAAUGACAAUGAAAAAGCUAUGAGCUUGUUAUAUAACUGUAGUCUCUACAUUGAUGUUGGUGACUGGAAGAGUCCAGUGUCUUUUAAAAAGGCAAUGAAGAUUUAUGAUUCUCUGCCAGAACUGCUUGGAUCUCAAGGUGAGAAAGCGGUUCCUCUGAAGGUUUGGCUUUACCCUCUGAAGAAACUGGAGAGGACCUCAGCGUGUGCUGCUCUCAGUGGAGUCAAUGGAAGUUUUACUCAAAGAGCUGAGAACAUCCUAGAACAUCUGAAUAAACAGAUAAAGAAAUGUCAGGAUUUUAUGACGAGCACAGAUAAUCUAAGUGUGAUUAUUUGGUUUCCUGCUUUGAAAGAUAAAUUAGUGGAUUUUUCAGAGCUUCUUCAGAAAUACAAAGCAGAUUGUCAGAGAGGUAUCACAGAGAUUAAAAAUUCUGAAGCUAAAGUAGAGGAAGGAGAGAAGAAACUUCGACAUUUCAUAGAGACUCAUGACCGAUCACCAUUCAGUGCAGAUAACAUAAACCAGUGGCUGGAGAAUAAAGAAACUGAACUGAAGAUUUUAAAUGACUGUAAAACUGCAGACAUCACUGUUGUGAAAUCACAGUCAGAGUUACAUCAGAUCAUAAAUGACCCACAGAUAAACCGAGUGAUGUGUUUCACUCUUACCUCACCAGAUGAUGAAGAUUCAUUCCUCACUGCUCUGAAGCACCAUAUUGAAUCUGAUCACAUUACACCAACAGAUUCACUUCAGUCCAAACCUGUUAAAAUCAAUCAGAAAGUGCUCAUUGAUUUACAAUUGUAUAUUGCUGCUAAAGAGGCAAAUGAAGAUACAGAACAAACCAGAUUCAUUGCUGCAUCUGAACCUGAUAAUGAAUUUCCUGAAUUCACUGUGCAGUUUUAUUAUGCUGGGAUGAUUGUGAGCAGAAACAUGAAGUUUGGAGUGAAACCAGAUCUUGCUCAGAUAACUCAAAUAAAACACAACAGUGUGUCUGUGAAGUGGAAUCAUUCGCAGAAAAAAAGCAUUGAGAGAUUUGUGGUGGAGUACAGAGUUGUGGGAGAUGAUGGGAUUAAUAACAACACUUGGAAGCAGAUAACAGUUUACAAUCACACUUUUAAAGAAGAGUGUGUUAUUUCUAGUUUAAAACCAGACACAGAAUAUCAGCUCAGAUAUGCAGUUUGUGGCAACAACAGUAUGAGCAACUUCAGCUGGUUUAUUUACUUUAAAACAUCUUCUGUAGCACGACCAAGACAACCCUCUGUUACUAAACUGAGCAGAGAUACUCUCAGACUAACCUGGUUAAAAGCUGAAGCAGAUGAAGAUUGUCCAGUUCUGCAGUAUAUGGUUGAGUAUAGAGAAGCAGGACUGGAGGGCUGGUCAUCAGUAUUAACACAAGGACCUCAGUGUGAAUGUACUUUAACUUUACCUCACAGCACCUGCUAUAGAGUCAGAGUAUCUGCUGUCUAUGAGGACAUCACCAGCAAACCUAGUGAGGAAACAUCUGUACCUGUGGAUGUCUGGGCCAUAAACCUCUCAGAGAGAAAGACCUCCAUCCUUCUAGAAGUGCUGAAACUCCAAAUAGAAAAGAAACCAGUAGAGCUGAUAGACUGGACAGAUGAUGAGAGUGAAGUGAGAGGAUUCAUCCUGUGUCUGCCAUACAUCUCACAACUGAGAUUUGAAGAAAAUGUGUUUGACCAACAGAGGAAAAUGGCAGCUGUCCAGUUUUUAAUGAAAUUGAGUGUUGCAGCAUCUGAGCUUGACACAAAUACAAAUGAGAAUUUCACAGAGCUCCUUACAUCUGUGUGCAGCUACACAACAUUCCCCUGUGAUGAAAGUAAUAAUAAUAUUGGUCGGUGUGAUUUUCUGUUGGAUUUGUUCUCAAAUGUGAAGGACUAUGAGAGUCAAACAGACAGAAGUCCCCUACCAGCUUUACAGUCAAUUUAUCAGUCAUCUCCUGCAGUCUGGACCAUAAACCUCUCAGAGAGAAAGACCUCCAUCCUCCUAGAAGUGCUGAAACUCCAAACAGAGAAGAAACCAGUAGAGCUGAUAGACUGCACAGAUGAUGAGAGUGAAGUGAGAGGAUUCAUCCAGUGUCUGCCAUACAUCUCACAACUGAGAGUUUCUCCACCACAGAGGCAAGAAGAAUCAUUUAAAGACUGGGAAGAAAGAAAGAGGCUUUCUUUUCUAAAUCUUUGUUUGCAAGUAGGUCUUUGCCAAGAGGAAACCUUAGAGGAAUAUAUGGAUUUACUUCUUCCAUCUGUGUAUGAUGGGAAAUGUGACUUUCUACUGGAUCUGUACUCGCAUGUAAGGGACUAUGAGAGUCAAACAGACAGGAGUCUCCUACCAGCAUUACAGUCAUUUUAUCAGUCAGCACCUGAUGUCUGGACCAUAAACCUCUUAAAGAGAAAGACCUCCAUCCUCCUAGAAGUGCUGAAACUCCAAACAGAGAAGAAACCAGUAGAGCUGAUAGAUUGGACAGAUGAUGAGAGUGAAAUGAGAGGAUUCAUCCAGUGUCUGCCAUACAUCUCACAACUGAGCUUUUAUAAAGAUAUUUUACAUAUUGAAAAGGAGAAGAGAUCCGCUUUUCAGUUUUUGCUGAAUUUGAAUAUUACAGCAUCCGAAUUGGCUUCACCUGCACAAGGGAACUCCUCUAAGCUUAUAACAUCUGUGUGCAGCUACACAUCUUUCCCUUGUGUUGAAGAGAAUAAAAAUCAUAUUGGUCAAAGUGAUUUUCUGCUGGAUCUGUACUCACAUGUGAAGGACUAUGAGAGUCAAACAGGCAGCAGUGUCCUACCAGCAUUACAGUCAAUUUAUCAGUCACCUGCAGUCUGGACCAUAAACCUCUCAGAGAGAAAGACCUCCAUCCUCCUAGAAGUGCUGAAACUCCAAACAGAGAAGAAACCAGUAGAGCUGAUAGACUGGACAGAUGAUGAGAGUGAACUGAGAGGAUUCAUUCAGUGUCUGCAAUACAUCUCACAACUGAGAGUUUAUUUACCACAGAAACAAGAAGAAUCGUUUAAAGACUGGGAAAAAAGAAAGAGACUUCCUCUGCUAAAUUUGUGUUUGCAAGCUGCUCUUUGCCAAGAAGAAAACUUAGAGGAAUAUAUGAAUACACUUCUUCCAUCUGUGCAUGAUGGGAAAUGUGACUUUCUACUGGAUCUGUACUCACAUGUAAAGGACUAUGAGAGUCAAACAGGCAGGAGUCUCCUCCCAGCAUUACAGUCAAUUUAUCAUUCACCUGAAGUCUGGAUAAUAAACCUCUCAGAGAGAAAGACCUCCAUCCUCCUAGAAGUGCUGAAACUCCAAACAGAGAAGAAACCAGUAGAGCUGAUAGACUGGACAGAUGAUGAGAGUGAAGUGAGAGGAUUCAUCCAGUGUCUGCCAUACAUCUCACAACUGAGCUUUUAUAAAGAUGUUUUACAUUUUGAAAAGGAGAAGAGAUCAGCGUUUCAGUUUUUACUGAAUUUGAGUAUUACAUCAUUAGAGUUGGAUUCAUCUACACAAGGGAGCUUCAAUAAGCUAAUAACAUCGGUGUGCAGCUACACAUCUUUCCCUUGUGAUGAAAAGAAUAAUAAUCAUAUUGGCCAGUGUGAUUUUCUGCUGGAUCUGUACUCGCAUGUGAAGGACUAUGAGAGUCAAACAGGCAGAAGUGUCCUACCAGCAUUACAGUCAAUUUAUCAGUCAUCUCCUGCAGUCUGGACCAUAAACCUCUCAGAGAGAAAGACCUCCAUCCUCCUAGAAGUGCUGAAACUCGAAACAGAGAAGAAACCAGUAGAGCUGAUAGACUGGACAGAUGAUGAGAGUGAAGUGAGAGGAUUCAUACAGUGUCUGCCAUACAUCUCACAACUGAGGUUGCUUUCCUCACAGAAUGAGCACUUUAAAGUGACGGACUGGAAAAUGAGAUUUGCAGUACUUGACAUUUGUCUGCAAGUGGCUGUUUUACUGAAAGACAUCACAAGGGAGGAGUCAUUAUUCUCAUUCAUAUACUAUGGGGAAUGUGAUUUUUUGUUAGAUCUGUACUCACAUGUGAAGGACUAUGAGAGUGAAACAGGCAGGAGUCUCCUACCAGCAUUACAGUCAAUUUAUCAGUCAUCUCCUGCAAUCUGGACCAUAAACCUCUCAGAGAGAAAGACCUCCAUCCUCCUAGAAGUGCUGAAACUCCAAACAGAGAAGAAACCAGUAGAGCUGAUAGACUGGACAGAUGAUGAGAGUGAAGUGAGAGGAUUCAUACAGUGUCUGCCAUACAUCUCACAACUGAGGUUUUGUUUAAUGAAGAGCGAGUCAUCUAAAAAGAGAGAAAGAAGAAAGAGAUUAUUAGCUUUAAAUCUCUGUCUGCAAGACCCUUCUUUACUAAGAGAAAUCUUAGAGACAUCCAUGGCCAUAUCAAUUUUCUCAUACAUAUACCAUGGAAGCUGUGAUUUUCUGCUGGAUCUGUGCUCACAUGUGAAGGAAUAUGGGACUGAAACAGGCAGGAGUGUCCUACCAGCAUUACAGUCAAUUUAUCAGUCAUCUCCUGCAGUCUGGACCAUAAACCUCUCAGAGAGAAAGACCUCCAUCCUCCUAGAAGUGCUGAAACUCCAAACAGAGAAGAAACCAGUAGAGCUGAUAGACUGGACAGAUGAUGAGAGUGAAGUGAGAGGAUUCAUCCAGUGUCUGCCAUACAUCUCACAACUGAGGUUUUGUUUAAGGAAGAGUGAGUCAUAUCAAAAGAAAGAAAGAAGAGAGAGAUUAUUAGCUUUAAAUCUCUGUCUGCAAAGUAAUUCUUUACUAAGAGAAAUCUUACAGACAUCUAUGGAGUCAUUAUUCUCAUACAUAUACCAUGGAAGCUGUGAUUCUCUGCUGGAUCUCUGUUCACAUGUGAAGGACUAUGAGAGUCAAACAGGCAGCAGUGUCCUACCAGCAUUACAGUCAAUUUAUCAGUCACCUGCAGUCUGGUACAUUAACCUCUCAGAGAGAAAGACCUCCAUCCUCCUAGAAGUGCUGAAACUCCAAACAGAGAAGAAACCAGUAGAGCUGAUAGACUGGACAGAUGAUGAAAGUGAAGUGAGAGGAUUCAUUCAGUGUCUGCCAUACAUCUCACAACUGAGGUUACCUUCACUACAGAAUGAAGACUCCAAGUUUACUGGCUGGAGACUGAGAAUUUCAGUACUUGAUAUGUGUCUGCAAGUACCUAUUUUACAGAAAAUAAUCACAGAGACUUCUAUGGAUAUAUUAUACUCAUACAUAUCUAAUGGCAGUUGUAAUUUCCUGCUGGAUCUCUACCCACAAAUAAAGGUCUAUGAGACUCAAACAGGUAGGGAUGUCUUUCCAGUAUUACAAGUAUUUUUCAAGUCAACUCCUGCAGUCUGGACCAUAAACCUCUCAGAGAGAAAGACCUCCAUCCUCCUAGAAGUGCUGAAACUCCAAACAGAGAAGAAACCAGUAGAGCUGAUAGACUGGACAGAUGAUGAGAGUGAAGUGAGAGGAUUCAUUCAGUGUCUGCCAUACAUCUCACAACUGAGGAGCCACUUCGAGGCCAGAGGAGUCGUGAGGAGAUCACAGCACGUUGAGGCUGGUGGAGCCCUCUUCAAAGGUUCGCCCCUGCUCAGCAUCUCCGGAACCGUGAGUGGAGGAGGAGCAAGGGAAGCGUUCGGCUCUGCACAUCCAUACCCGACGUCCCCUCGACACACAGGGAGCCGCAGGUCGGCCGCAGGUUCCCCCUGUCCAUCUGGAGGCCCCCCUGAACCUGAGGAGGAGAAGUUAAAGUCCCAGUCCUGUGUAACACUUACCUCUGCUUACAGCACGAACCUGAGGAGGAAAAGUUAA